AUGAGAGCUGUUGACCAAGCAUUGGCAGACAUGUUUACCAUUGGGGUAAAACCUGAAAUCAUCAAUCACCUAACUUCCAAGGACGGGGGCUUACUGGACUUCCUAAGCGCGCUGAAAGAAGCUAUUCCCUGGGCAAGAAGUCUCGGAGAGUCGAUAUUCUUCCAGUUCUUUGAGCGCCUAGUUAAAGCACGAAAAGAAUGGCAAGAGAAUCCGCGCCCUCCGUUCGAUCCCAGCCAACACAGCAGAACCGCACGCAGCAUCGAUAACUUGCUCAGAGAGACCGGUGACCUUUGGAGUAAAGCGGAGUUUGAGAUUUACGAACUAGUGGGGGGGUGGGAGGAAGACAACGAGAAUGAUGAGAAUGAUGAUGGACCUUCUACUUCCAACAACGGUCUAUCAAACGAUGUGCAUACCAAUAUGGGUGAUCUCACUACCGCGCUGGAGGAUGGGAUCGAGGAAGAGAACAUUAGAGAAGGCGUGAGGAAGAUGAAUCUAAAUGAUGAAAUGGACAUGGAUGAUUAA